AAUUGAUAUCCCUAAUGAAUUUAGCAUGAAUAAGGAUUUUUACAAAACUUGCGCCGUUGGUAACUUAUUGAGGUGGAUUGCAGUAUCAUUCUUGGCGGCUGCAUGGAUCCUUUUUCUGUCUAUUUGGCACAAUCGAUCGAACGAAUUGUGGAACGAAUUGUGGAACAAACAACGGUGGAUUAUACAGUUGAACAUCAGAAAAUUCGUUAUACUUAUUUUUCUUAUUAGUGCGAUUUUAAUUCAAUCUGUCAGGAGUGGUUUAGUAUUAAGUAAUAAUUUUUGGCAAACAAAAGUCACAACAGCUCUUACUAUAGUGGCAAUAACUAGAUUAAUUGACAUUUACAAAAACGGUGGUUCAAGUUUGUAUGCAGAAAUAUUUUGGGGGAAAGAUGUGAAUGAGUCUACAAAUCCAUGAUUUACGUAUGAUAAACUAAAUAUUUGACGAAAUAUUUUUCUUCGUGUCUAAAAUAUAGAUAAGCCAAAUAUAUUGUUAAACAUUUUGAUUGCAUUAUUAUUUAUUAGUGUAGAAUUCUAUUUCAAACAUUAAAGCUAUGAUACAUAUAUUUGACUUUACCGAAUAACGGUAAUAUCUAGGGGAUAGAUGGGGUCAACUCAGGGUUACACAGACAUCAAAAACUACCCGAACUGAAGUCUUAUAAAAAUGGUUACACAAGAGAAAUCCUAUAUUAAAAUUGUACAAAAAUUUAUUUUUUUCGAUACACGUUUAAAGAAACGUAGCCGAUUUCAAAAGUUAAGUUUAUCCAUGUUAACCUUAUAUAGGCGAAGUGUUUCUACUUAAAUUGGACCACUGGUUAUUUAUUUAUUAAUUUUUACAAGUUUUUGU